UACUGGCAACACUGAGAUUUAGAUAUGUCAAAAAGCGAACUACGGAUGGGAAGUGAUUCUAAUUGAUAAGAAAAGAAACAAUAAAAAAUUACGAUGAAAAUGUAUAUUGUGCUGAACUUAUUACACUUUCUCCACCGUAUACAAUGUGAAGAACAGUUGUGAAGUUAUUUAUCUGACAACAUGGAUAACUUCACCGAUCCGGUGGCACAAAGAUGGAAUUCGUCGUCCAUAGACUUCGCGGAGAUUACGAUGGACCGAAACUUCGCCCUCCUGCUGGUGUCGCUCAUCUCCGCUGUUCUAUGGAUCGUCUACAUCACAUACUACAACAGCCGUGUUCUCGGCUACCUAUUGACGAGACUGAUCAACAGAUUUUACUUCCAAGAUGAGAACUUCAAGAUUGGAUCGUUCACACUCAACGCUCUCUCUGGUAAAAUAAUGUUCCGAGACAUAGUGUACAUCAACUAUGAUUACACGCUGCGCAUACAGGACGGAUACUUGAUAUUCAGGUGGUGGCGCUCUUACGUGCCUAAAGAUGUCUCUGAAGACUUGUCACAUUCUGAUACCCGGUUAUCCAUUAUGUUAAACGGCUUCGAACUUCAUUUCUACAAUCGGUGCGACCUUUACAAUGAACUAGAGAAAAUAUUUGGAUUAGACCCCGUAAUUAAACAGCAAAACGACGAUGACUCUACAGAUAGAGAUAAAGCUAUGAAUGACGCUAACGAGAAGAGACGCCGCGCCCAAGACACGGUGAGGUCAGAGGCGGCUAUGGCCAGGACGUGGCGCGACCUCAUACCGGUUAUUAAGAUCGACAUCUGCUCGGGUAGAAUCGUUUUUGGAAAUCGUUUAGUACCAACAACAUUGUCUAUAAGCAUUGAAGAAUCUCACUUAGUUUACAGUACAAAACCACCCGCCUCUAGUUUAGACCACCUUAUGCAUUUUGUAAAAGCCAAAGCAGAAAAUUGCAAAGUCAUUUUAGCUCCCAGUCCUAAUUACACAGCUAUGGUAGACGAGCCACCGAGAUUCAUGGGAGAGGGAUUCGUGGUAAUGAGUUCAAAUUACAUUGAAGUCUAUUUCUAUAUGGAUGAACCGGGAUUGGUGCCUGAACAGCCGGUUCUUCUCCAGUUGGCUAAUGGUGAUAUAGUGGAGUCCGCACCGCCUAUUUGGGGAGUCGAUAUAAAAUGUGGCAAAGGCACAGAUUUCAGUUACGGUCCAUGGGCUGAUAGACAGAGAGACCAUUUAUUCAGAUUCUUUUUCCCGCCAAAUUACAAAAGUUUAGAAGUUACACCGCAACCAAAACCUGGCGACAGAAGGCAAACACAAUCUUUCGAUAUCCGGUUAUCGACGCUAAAUGAAGCGACUAUAGACAUUUUAUUCACAAAAAACAAAGAAACCAAUGCUGUCCAUAUUAAUAUUGGUGCUGGAUCUUAUUUGGAAGUAACUCUACCAUGGAUUGUUUUGCAAGAUGGAUAUACCACCAAAAUUACUGGGCAGCUACUUCAUCUUGAAGCGACAACAAGUCUUCAAUAUAGAAGCUUGGCAGAAAGUGAAACUCUGGAAUAUACCGUCAAAUGCCAUUACCCUCUUGUUUGGAAUCAUCAUCAAUGUUGGCAGUUAGGUUUGACAGGAUGCAAAGCAACAGCUCACCUUGUCUAUACCCAUAUAGAUUUCUUUCAGGAUCUGAUAAAUGAUUGGUCAAACAAAUCACGUCCCGAUAUUUUGCAUUUUGUUCCAUAUACAUGGAAAAUUUCGCUAUUACUAAAGGAGUGUGAGGUGGUAACAGUGAGUAAUCAAUAUAAUUGGAUAGACUGCAGUUCGACUAAUCAAGAGAAUAAUCACGUCGCUUUCUGUGGCGAUCUUUUGGACGUGUCGUUUGAUUUGCCCUUCAUUGAUUUCCUACCUGAUGUUAUACCUUUGAAAAUCUGGAUUCAAGGGGAAGCGGUAGAUAUGAGCCUCUAUUUACCAGAAGUGAAUACUUCAAGACUGUUACUACUGUCUAUUGACAAAAAUAUGAAAUUGAUUCCUUGCAGAUUAAAGGCGUCAAAAUGGCGAAGAAAGUGUGUAAAAUCACAGGGAUGGGUGGAUUGUUGGUCUGUCCCUAUUGUGGCCUUAAGUGUCAGGUAUAACUAUCAUCCAAUUCCACCACUGGGGCCUGAGCCACAAGCUGACAUUACUACACCGGAAAAAGAAGAGAUUCUUUUAUCUCCAAUGAGAAUACCCAGAAUGAGAAAACAGCCUCAACUAAACUGGGCCUUAGACGGAAACAAAUUUGACCGUACUUCAUUGCCGCCUGAUAAGGUGAGCGUAGAACUAGAGGUAGGGCCAUCUAUCUUACUCGCCUAUGGAACAAUUAUAACAAGUUUCAUGAAUUUACUUGAAAAUAUAUUUGGAGAAGAUCAAACUUUUACAGAUAUGCAAAAAGUACCAGUCAAUGAAAACACUAUGAAACUGAAUGACAGAAGCAGUAUCAAUCAACAUACUGAUAUAUCGAUUGAUGACUCGACAGAUACAAGCAAGGGCCCUUUUGAUCCUCGACGUUGCAGACCGCUGGAUGUUACGGUUUCGAUUAUUAUUCACGACAUUCAGGCACAUUUAGUAAAGAAUUGUAGUGAAAAUGAGCCUCCGUGUCCUGUAAUAUUAAUAGAGAGAUUUGGAUUUGAAAUGGACAAAAGCUUUAAAGAAACUAAACUUCAAUUACUUUUGAGCCCUUCAAUAUUGGUGUCAUCUACUAAUAUGUCACGGAAUAAUCCAAAUAAUUCUGGAGCAUUAUACCAAGGCCACUUGAUGCUGUCCUCUUUCCAAUUACGAGGAAAUGGUUUCUUUAGUGAUACAAAUCGUUCUGUUGAAGAAGAUACCAUAGAAUAUGCUUGGAUGAUGGAACUACAGUUAGGUCAGUUAACGGGCCGUCUGACUUUGCCCCAACUUUAUCAAAUCAUUUCAUCUUUAGAGACCUUUUUGUUGUUAAUUUGUGACAGCGAAAAUGAAUUGGUUCCACCAAAUUCUACUAAAAAUUGUCAUCAUGGCACUAAUACCAUAAUGUGCCCUGAAACCGAUAGUACUUUAAAGUACCGAUGUCCAACUACAAAUGAGAUAAAAUAUAGAAUGAUUCGAGUUGCCAUCGAUCUGAUCGAUAUCUAUGUAGCCGAUACGAAUACGACUUUGCAGUCUUGGAUAUCACCAAUAAGAUUGAGUUUCUGUAACCUUCAUGGAGUUGGUUUUGGUACAGGCAUCACAGCAUUAUUACCAAACAUAAAACUAGCGCUUUACACUCAAACGAAUUUGCAAUCUCAUCAUCAUUCCAAUGGGAGCAACAGCAGCCAGCAUAGUAAACAGGCAGAUAAUGAUAAUUGGGUAGGAGUUGGAUCUGUAUCGUUGGGUCCUGUGUUGAUCGAAGGGGCUUCGUCUCUACCCCAAAGCCCAAAGAACUUACAUUUUGUUCAGCAAAAGUUCCUUAAAUUACACGAUGAAAAGACAAAACGGCUGUGGUUUAUGUGGCCAAACGAAUUAAAAAGCACACAAUGUGGCUGCACAGGAGGUUGUGCAUUUUUUGGUUCCAACAGAAAUGGUCCUAAUUUCUUAAAACCAAAUCCAUCAGAUCUUAAUGACGGCAUUAACGUGGCUGUAUUUAAUGUAAUAGAAACGACCCCUGGAGAAUACGGUUAUGGCCAGAGUCUAUUACAUCCUGGACAACUGGUGUUCCAUACACCGCCUUAUAACAGUUUAAAUGUAUGUCUUCAGCCAACAAAUGUCGCUACUUUGAUACCAUCACCACUUCCUCAAAAUCUGAACAAAUCUCCUCAAACUGUAGAACGCCGGAGCUUAACCAGAAGGUUCUCGUAUACAAGUAUGAGCAAAGGGAGUAAUAAUGUUCUGGUCUCGAGCACAAAGAGCGAUGUUCCAUAUGCACGCCUAGUUGAUUCCAAUGUUCCAUUGGGAAGUUCCAAAAUCGAUAGUGAUUCGAAAUUGAACAAAAGCAUUCUGAAUGUGCCACAAAUGGAGAGCAGCGUUUCUGAUUCUAAGCUGGCUUUAAGUUGUGGUGUAAAAGAUAAUACUAGCGCGAGCUUAAAAAAACAGAUGCAACCCGAUAGCGAAUCAUUUAUAGUGCCUAAAGUGCCAACCAGGAGUGUCGGAGUUUCUGAAUCUCACUAUUCUCUCAACUCGCAAGCACCUCCGGAGGACACUGUGCCACUAGAAGUACAGAGGACUAUGUCGAUAACCAGCGAGAAUCAUUCCGAAGCCUUCUUCUCAGCUGACGAAGACAUGUUCCCGAGUCGCUCUUCAAGUUUAAAACAUUCCUUCGGCAGUAGACAUAGCAACCAUAAAGAUAAAAGUUCUUUCGGUAUAAAUGACAUAACUAAUGAGAAAUGGACUAAUUCCAUGCCAAGAUCAGACAUUUUUGAUGGGCCAGCAGAUACUAUAAGCAAUUUGAGCACAGGUGCUCAACCUGACUCUGAAAGUGGGUCUGUAUCAUCGACAUCUUUUAUAUCUGCUAUAUCAUCACAAGAGGAUAUGACGCUUGUCAAUUUACAUAUGCAAACAAAUAAACCUAUAGUGGACUCACCAUUGCUUAUGUCCAGCUAUAUGCAUAAUUUGCCACAAUACAAGUGCUUUAAUUGGGCUACUUGUUCUCUACCCAGUGGUAGUGAUGUUUAUACCCUGCCCUUGUUUAAAAGAGCAGAAGAUGGCACUUUGGUUUACGUCGGACAAAAGUAUCUGCCGAAGUUCGAGAUGUCUGGAAAGGUUAAUAAUAUUUUAAAACUGAUUCCAAAGAAAGAUGUUCACAACAAUCAGAACCAACAUGGCCCAUAUUCGAACUUAACGCCUCAUUUUAAUUCUCAAAUCAAAGCACAUCCUUAUCCUCAUGCCUGGUGGGACGUGCAGCAAAGUGUCCAAGAUAAUCAGGAGAAUAAUACUGAUAAGAGUACGACGUCUACAGCAACAACAACCAGUGAUAGUAAAAAUGGAGUGUUUGUAAAACUCCGUGGAGAAAUAGACAUCAUGUUAACUCCACUAGUCCUGGAAAGCACGCAGAAAUUUGUUGAAUCACUAACUCCGGUGUUGGCAAAUGUUCACCCUAUUACAGUGAUCAACCAUUUAAGACUUCUCUGUAUUUCUUCUGUUGAAAGUGCUAACGUAUUAAAACAGAAGCAGUAUGUAAUGAACUGGCUGCCACAGAUGCAGGCGCAUAGCCAAUCCAACUUUGAUGACAAAUGCAAGCUUGCGACAAUACCGCACUCGAAUGUGUACGAAGAAACAAUAUGUGACCAAUUGCAGGCCACUGUAUCAGUGCCUAAAGUGAAUAUGAUAUUCAUUCAGUCUUCUGUUGUCGAAGAUAUGAUCUCGUUUUCUGCUUUAGACAAUAUUCAAGACUUGACAUGUGUGUCUCUGUUUGGCGUCUCGGUGGAGAAUAUUACGGCAAAAUAUGUGAGUUCAAAGAAGACCUUGGAUUCCGUGCAGUUGUAUUAUAGACCUACAUUGCGAGCUCUUGGGAGCAAGAAGACUUUUGGAAUCAUGAAAGGCCCCAGAGCACUAAUAUCUACACAUUCCGGUGGAUCUGGACGAAAGAGAGGACCGGAGAAAGGAGACCCGGUGUACAUAGAAACAUCUCAACAGCAGUGCGAGGAUACAACGUUUACUUUGAAUGUUGGCAAGGUGCACGGUCAACUGAGACGUAUACGUAACGAGUCAUCGCAACUGAAGGAUGCGACGAUCACGGGCAUACCGUGCCAGCACUCCAAAGUAGCGUUCAAGUUCAUUAGAGCGGACUCUUGCUCCAAAGGCUGCGAAUCUAUGUGUUGUCAAAAUGGAACAACUGAUAGAGAUAAGGAGAAUGCUAUUGGCUACAUAAUGUUUGAAUGCGGCCUCGAAGGUAUAGCGAUUAAAGUAUCAAAACAUUUACAAUGCCAUAAACCGAAUGAAGAUAAGAAACCGGUUCGAACGGACAGCGAAAGCUGUAGGGAGUCCGUGAAAUCGGCAGAGGAGUUGAAACCAGAUAAGGAGCGGAAUUCAAAAAGUCGAAGUGCCGGUAUCGAAGACCUAUUCCGUAAGAGAGAGUCGAAUUCCAAACCUAGUACCCCCAAUUUGGGGAAUGCUCAGCCACCUCCAGUUCCGCCAGAACCCUCCACGCCGGGUCCCGACGAGCCCUCCAUUAACGACAGCAGCAGUACUAUGGUACCCGUAAAGGACAAUGGGAAUAUGUCGUCCUGUGCGAUAGAUCUCAAAGUAGUUUGGUUCAAUUUUGCUGCUCCACCUCGGACGCCAAUCACAAAGAAGAUUGACUAUACCAGAUUGGAUUGGAACUUGCUGAGUACUGCGUCGCCGGCGAUCAACGCGUGGAUGAACCCGUGUAACCGGUUGGGUAUCCGCGUGGUGGCGCUGUACCGCGCCCACGCCCGCCGCCUCACCGCCACCGCCGCCAGCCUCAUGGCCGCCGCGCUCGACCUCGCGCCACAUCACGCGCUGCCCAAGAGCCGGUACGGGCGGCACACGCCGAUGGCGAAGCAGCUGCGCGAGGAGCCGUCGCUGCAGCUGUGCGGCGUGCUGCUACGGCACGCGCUGCAGGCCGACGCGGCUGCCGUGCAGGCUGACCUCGCCGAGCGCCACCUGCCCUCGCUCUCCACGCUCCGGCAGGGCGUGAUAGUGCUGAGUCGGCAGUGGAAGAACAUCUUGUACACGCCACUGUUGCUGGAGCAUAACUACAAGAGCAAAGUGAUGAAACCGCUCAACGUAACGUUUGCACUGCCGGACCUUCUCGAAGACUCAGUAGAAGGCUGGCAGGAGUAUCAGCUGGACAACGAGACCCUGGACGAGAACUGUCUACUGCUCAACAUAGAGACGGACAAACUUCACAUUCCUGCGUCGGCGGCGGGCGGUAGUCCGCGGCCGCACUCCUUCCCGUCCACGCCGCCUUCCGUGCGCGGCGCGCAGAGCAGCCGCGCGAGCCUAGUGUUCCCGUCGCUGCCCUUCUCCACCAGGAAGCCCGCCUUCCAGGAUGAUGCUAUUGCUAACUACGGCACGUUGAAGGAGGACCUGCCCACAGUGGGCUCGAACCCGUCGCUGUACUCGCCGCACGGCAGCGACGAGAACAUCAAGAACGACCGCGCCCGGGAGGACCUGUACCAGUGGAUGGCCAAACAGGAGCCCAUCAAAGUCGAGCCAAAAAGCAAGAAGCCUUUCCCAGCGUCGAAGAUAAACCCUCGCACGAUGGCGGCGUCGCUGCCGGCGUGCAGCCUGUACCCGCUGCAGGGCUCGCUGAUGCUGCUGGACGCGCACCUGGUGUUCCAGCCGCUGCUGGCCGCGCUCGGCGUCUCGCCGCACCAGGUCGCACACGGCGAGUCGAAGAACAAGAGCGGUCCGGGCGAGGCCGGCGGCGGCGGCGGCGGCGCGGCGCCGGCGCUGGAGUCGCUGGGCUCGAAACUGUCGCUGCUGGCCUGGAUGGACAUGUUCCGCAUUGACAUCGUCGUCAGCCACCUGCCGGCCCGCGACCGACGGCACGCCAAGGGGAAGGGCACUUCGAGCCACACAGACAUACCGUCAGAGACGCCGGCGUUCCUCUGCGAGAAGGUGUCGAUCGACGUGGACGUGAAGAAGGUAGCGGACGUGACGGUGGACGACCUGAUCCAGCGGCAGAAUGUGCUGUACAUUUCGCGCGGCCAGCUCAAGAAGCACAUCAGCACCAUGCUCAACUUCAAUGUCAGCGUGCGCUUCAUAUCGCAACAGGUGAAUAUGCCGCUGCUGCGACUGCUGCAUCAGAUCAGCAACAUGUACCAGAACGUGAAGGACACGCAGACGGAGCUGCGCACCCAGACCAAGAUAUCGCACAGGCAGAACAAGCACACCUCCUCAUCAGUGUCGGACUUCCGUGAGACGCUAGUGAGCGUGUCGUCGCUGGAAAAGGAGCCCCCGUUGGUGUCGGCGGUGGCCGUGCCGGGUGUGGCGGGUGUGGCGGGUGUGGCGGGUGUGGCGGGUGUGGCGGGGGAGGCGGCGGCGGAGGGCGGCGCGCGGCGCGGCUCGCAGCUGAGCGCGGCGCGGGCGCCGCUGGCCGCGCCGCGCCCGCGCCCGCAGUCCUUCGCGCAGAAGCUGCGCUCCACCGGCAAGACCGUCAAGGGGAAGCUCGGCUACAGUUCCCUGAACGAGGGCGCGCACACGCCCAUGUUCAGCUCGGAGCUGCUGGCGACGUCGCCGGCCCCUCCCCCCGCGACCGCCGUUGCCGCUGUCGGCCCCACGCCCGCCGACACCAAGUUGGCGCCGCGCUGCUGGCGCACCGUGUACCAGCUGCUCGACCUCUAUGCCAACAUGCCCGACGCCGAGACCAUCACUCACAGGUUUUCCGUGACGACGGAGAUCCCGGAGCAGUAUCGCGCGGGCCGGGCGCGGCCCAGCUCGCGCGAGCAGACGGCCAGCAACUCGUCCGCCGCCGCCGUCACCUCCGCCGUCACCUCCGCCGUCACCACCGCCACCGCCGCGCCGCGCGGGCUCGUCGUCGUCGGCCUGGCCAGGAUCCACCGCACGCGGCUGCUGGCGUCGCUGUCGGGGCUGAAGCUGGAGGCGGAGCUGACGUCGCUGCAGGGCUCGCUGGCGGGCCGCGGGCCGCGCUCGCUGGCCGGCACGCUGGGCCGCGCCGCCAUCGUGCUGCUGGAGGGCGCCGCCCAGCCGCCGCCGCCGCCGCCGCCGCCGCCGCCGCCGCCGCCGCACCACCAGCAGCACGCGCACCUCCCGCAACCUACCGCGCAGACUGUGGUGCGCGUGACGGUGGGCAAGUCGCAGGCGCUGUACACGUGGGAGGCGCGCGCGGCGGGCACGGCGCUGGGCAGCGUGGGCGGCGUGCGCGUGGAGCUGCCGCAGCACCCGGUGGCGCUGCACGGCGUCAUGACGCGCUCCAGCCGCCAGCUGUCCAGCACGCUGCAGGAGCUGGGCGUCACGCGGCCCGCCGCGCGCCGCGCGCCGCCCGCCUCCGACGACGACGGCAGCCCGCCGCCGCCGCCGCCCGCGCCCCCCGCCGCCCCCGCCGCCCCCGCACCGCCGCCGCCGCCGCGAGCCGCGCCGCGCCCGCUGCUAGACCCGCUGCAUCUGCAGUUCUCCGUCGCGCUCCAGAGCCUGAGCGUGACGGCGGCGCUGCUGCCGUCGCUGCAGGCGCAGUACCGCAUGGAGCACGUGCAGAGCGCCGGCGUCACCGGCCACAAGGCACACUUCACCGUCGACCUGCCGCAGCACUCGCUCAGCUUCGUCACCAAGCUGCAGACGCAAACGCAGACGGAGGCGAACAUCCCCGCGGCAGCGUCGGUAGCGCUGCCCAUGGUGCACGUGGCGGCACGCGUGCUGGACGCGGGGCCGGGACAGGGGCCGGGGGCAGGACCGGAGCCGGGGCCGGGGGCAGGGCCAGAGCCAGGGCCGGGCACAGGGCCAGAGCCAGGCCCGGGCGCGGAGCCGCUGGAGGGCGUGGUGCUGCGCGCGGGCCGCUACCUGGCGGCGACGGCCGACAUCGGCCUCUUCGAGCACACGCUCUCCACCGACCUGCUCAACCACCUCGUCUUCGUGCAGAAGGUCUUCAUGAAGGAAGUGAAUGAAGUAGUACAGAAAGUGUAUGGUGGCGAGAAACCCGUGCCGUUGUGGAACGAGGAGGAGGCGUCCUCGUCCGCCCUCAGCAGGAUAUUGUUCACGCUCAUCAUCAGGAUCAAGCGCAUCCAGCUGACGGCGACGACGCCCAGCAACUCGGCGGUGCGGCUGGAGACGGGCGCGGUGGAGUUCGAGCUGUCCAACCGCGUGCAGAACGUGCCCGGGCCCGGCCCGCGCCACCAGCUGCGGCUCUUCGCACGCGCACAGGUGGAUGUAAACCUAAGUUUGGGACAAGUGAUACGCAACGCGAUGUUCGAGGAAGCGGAGCCCGAAUUUCAACAGUACGCGUUUUUCAACACUAGAAUCGCGAUGCGCAACGCGUUCCGCGAGGAGACGGUGGCGGGCGAGGACAAGGAGGUGGUGCUGAUCACGCUGAAGCGGCCGCUCGUGUACAUCCAGCCCGUGGCCGUGGACCGGGCCAUCCUCGUCUGGCUCAACUACAAAAACGCUUACGAGUACUGGAACGAGAAGCGGCUCAACCUCAACAAGGAGGUGCUCACCGCCACGCAGCAGGUCUUCGAGAAGGUACAACUGACGUCACAGAUCACUACUCCACAUCUGAGUACUCUGUUCCUUCAGCUGAACGUUGACGAUAUCGGCAUUUGUCUGCCGCUCAACCAGCCGCCGGUGGCGGGCGGCGGCGCGGGCGAGGCGGAGUGGCGCGGCGCGGUGGUGGUGACGCUGGAGAGCACCAGCAUCUCCGCCUGCAGCUCGGGCGCGCUCGUCUCCAAGGGCCGCUUCGUGGGGCUGUGCCUGCGCUUCGCCGACGACUUCGAGGCCUCGCUCGACGACUGGAAGCCCGAGCCCGGCGCCACCGCCAACGUCUGCUGCGUCUCCGAGGGCACCUACGAGGUCUGCAGCCGCACCGCCGCCGCCAAGCGCCACGAGAACGCCAAGUGGUUCCUGAACGUGUCGUGGCAAAUGGAGGGCGUGGACAUCCACCUGGACGUGUCCGUCGGCAAGCAGCUGUCCGCGCUCGGGCACACGCUCACCAUGCUCACUGGGUUUGAAGAGGAAGACCCACUGAAGAUGGAUUACGAGAGCGACCUGGACGAUGAAGCUGACAACAGCAAAGAUUCACAAGAGAGCAUAGUGCUGCGUCGCAAGUACACGGACCACCUGCCCGCGUUCGUGUUCGACACGAGCAUCGACUCCAAGAAGCGGUCCAAACUGAUCGAGAAGGAGAUGAACGAACAGGCCAAGAUCAUCAACGACCUGCGCACCCUCGGCGCCAGCCACACCACCAUCGAGCACGAGAUGAAGCGCCUGCACGACCUCGAGGCGCUCGUCUUCAAGGACUUCAGGAGGGACAUGAUCCAGAAGCUGCGGCGGCAGAGCGUGCGCGCCAGCUCCAUCACGCGCGGCAAGCUGGGGCUCGCCAACAACCGCAGCCGCUCCUUCGUCGUGCCCGACGUGCCCGCCCACCACCACCAGCCGCACGACACCACAGACUUCCACACCGGUGUAGAGACCAACCUAGUGCUGGCAGCUGGCGUGGGUGACUCCGGGGAGACGCUGCUAUUGGCUGAUGAAGACAACCGCCUCGCUGACAUCAUUGAGGGCAGUAGCUGGAGCUCCAUGGAGAGCGAGCCUAUCAAUGGGAACGGUAACUUUAAUUUUCAUUGUCUAUGGUACAGCGCUCCGUCGUCAGAGGGCGCCAAUGCGGAUGGCAAACAGGGCAAGAGCAAGACCGCGGAACCGAACAUUGAUUUUGAGUUAGACGUGAAAGUGCACAUCAACAGUGGCAAGUGCGUGCUGCACACCAAGGAGCCCUGCAGGGAUGACGACAUCAAGAUCGGCGGGCGCAUGCGCGUGGGCCGGUCGGCGUCGGGCGGGCUGGCGGCGCCCGACGCGGCCACGGGCUCCCCCACGGCACGCCGCAAGCCCGCGCACCAGCACCAGCACCAGCAGCACCACCAGCACCACCAGCACCACCAGCACCACCAGCGCCACCAGCCUGUGCUCGACCUCACCGUCUUCCGCGUGCCCGGUCUCCACCUCAAGGUGCACUACGAGUCGAAGACAGUGCCGGAAGACACAGCGUCCCCUCAGGGCGGGACCAGCGGUCCGAGUAGUAGCAGCGCGUCGGAGGCCGGGCCGGCUCUGUCGGGCGCGGCCCGCAAGCUGGCCAGCAAGAAGGCGGCGCUGUUCGCCUACAUCACGCUGCAGAGCAUCCCCGAGGAGACCAUCAUCAGCCCCCACAUACUGGAGUUCCUCGAGCAGACGCUGGAGCCCAUACCCACAAAGGCGUCUAUUUUUACUUCUACUUCAGAAGAGGCGCGGGCGGGGGUGGCUGGCGGGGCUGGCGGGGCGGGAGGAACGGGCGGCGAGUACGGGCAGUACGUGUACGCGUCGUUCCCGGUGGACGUGAUCGUGCACUUCCACAUGCAGCCGUCCACGUUCCGCUUCAGCUGCCUGCCCGCGUCGCGCGUCGAGUGCCUGCUGCAGCUGCCCAGCCUGCAGAUCGUCUUCAGCUCCAAGCGCGCCGGCGACGAAGAGAUGGCGGAGCCGGCGGUGGCGAUGGGCGGCUUGAGCGUGACUGGGUGCCUGGCGGACUUCUCCGUAUACAUCUUCCACCCGUACGGCGGCAAGAAAUCGAGCCUGAAGGAGGCGCAGUGGUCGCCGCUGGCCGAGAGCGAACGCAAGGACUCGCUGAGCGUCAACGUCGAGUUCGUCAAGUUCAACCUGUCGCGUUCCAGGAAGGUCAACUUCCACGCCGACCAGGAGCAGUCCAAGGCCACCGUGCGGUUUUCCACGAUCGUGGACGUGGGUUUGGCGUGGUUCAAGUACGACAUGCGGCGGCUGAGCGAGAUCCUGGCGUUCCCGAAGGCGUGGUACCGCCGCACCAUCGUGCGCCGCAUGUUCCUCGGCGACCUCAGCCUCAACGACUCGCACGCCGCCCACGCCGCCCACGCCGCCCACGCCGCCCACGCCGCGCACACGCACGCACACGCGCAUCACGCGUCGUCCAGUAACAAUGUUCCGGUGUCGCCGGUAUUGCCUCAGAGAGAGAAAACUAAGACUGCUGAUCAAAAAACUAAAGAUAACAAGGAGCCUGCGACGGUGGGCGCGGCGUGGGAGACGUUGGUGCUGUUCGCAGUCAACUUCACGCGGCUCAAUGUGCACAUGAACAUGGGCAACGUCAUGGGCAACGUCAGCUGGCAGAGCCGCGACUUCAACUGCACGGGGCGGCUGAGCAUCGGCAGCACCGGGCACCGCAACAUGCUGGUGGGCGUGGCGCUGGCCGGCUCGUCGCUGGACGCGCGCGCCGGCAUCGUCGGCGGCGCCAUCUCGCUCGCCUCCAUCGACACCUACGUGUACAUCUCGGAGGAGCCGGGCUGCUGGCCGGGCCACGUGUGCGGCGUGCGGCUGGCGGCGCUGGAGCUGCGGCUGGAGUACAUGGGCACGCCCGUGCUGCUGGCGCGCGUGUCGCGCCUGCGGCAGGCGCUGCGCGACCGCUGGCUGGCCGGCGCCGCCAGACCGGCGAUAAUUCUGACGCACGGCACACUGAGCUGGCACCAGCUUCAGAUUCUGAUGAGCCGCAGCACCACACCCGAUCUACUGAAGAUGCAGCUCAAGCUGGAGGAGUUCUUCACGCAGCAGUUCAAGUCUAGCAAACGGGUGUUCAGUUCACUGCACCCGAACUAUAGCAACGCGAGGCGAGACAAAAGAGAACCGGCGCCGCAGCCGGGCGCGAGCGAGGCGGCGGCGGGCGCUGGCGCUGCUGGUGCUGCUGCUGGCGGCGGCGGCGAGCUGCGCCACCACCGGCACUGGCAGCGCGUGCUGCAGCUGGUGUCCGGCCUGCGGCUCGCCUCGCUGCCCACGCCGCUGCCCGCCAACGGAACCGUGGUGGGCGGCACGAUGGAGCUGCACGGCACGAACAUCUCGCUGGCGUGCUUCCACGGCACUAGCUUCAAGGCCAAGUCGUGGGCGCUGUUCAGCCUCAAGGACCCCUGCAUCAGCUUCUCCACCGAGGCGCAGCAGGUCGCUGACGAGGAAGCAGAAGGUUGCCGGCCGGGGUCGCUGGACGUGCACGUGGUGCAGAGCCUGACGGCCAGCCUGGGCGGCUCCGGGGGCUCCGCUGGCUCGGCUGGAGGCUCCGGCGGCCACCAGUCGAUGGCUACCGUGUGCCGCAUGACCCGAGCCCUACUAUUCCCGCCACAGUUCAAGACGCUGCGCGAAUGGUUCCAGUAUGCAUUCGCCAACAGCGAGAUUGACGCGAUCGAGAUGUUCCCGUCGCUGGAGCGCGAGGGCACCGGCGGCGGCAACACCGGCAGCACCGAGCGCGACCGCGGCGACCGCGCGGCCGCCGCCGGGUCCGCGGCCGGCGGCGGAGGCGGCGGCGGCGGCGGCGGCGGCGGCAAGGGCGCCGACAAGAGCGACAAGCACGUGCGCGAGGUGAUCUUCGCGCUGCCCAGCCUGCAGCUGCACCUGCGCACGCAGCACAAGCAGCGCCGCGCCGCGCCCACCGAGCGCGAUGAGAAACCAGUGGUUGAGUGCAGCUUUAUAACGGAAUUCGAGGACCACAUAUUCGUGUCGGUGGACGCGGAGGCGUUCCUGUUCUUGCACGAUCUCAUAUCUUCCUAUAUCAAAGAAAAAGACAGAGUCAUGCCGAGUGGUGGGCGGGGCGCGUGGGGCGAAGGAAGCGGUAACGGGUCGAGCCGGGCGGCGCGGGGCGGCGGCGGCGUGCCGGGCGGCGGCGGCGAGGCGCUGGUGCAGGACUACCGCGACUACCGCUGCGUCACCUGGCACCUGGAGCCCACCGUCAGAUUACUAUCGUGGGCGGGCAAGUCGAUCGAGCCGUACGGCGUGGACUACAUCCUGCAGAAGCUGGGCUUCAGCCACGCGCGCACCACCAUUCCCAAGUGGCUGCAGCGCGGCACCCUCGACCCCCUCGACAAGAUCCUCUCGCUGGUGCUGCUGCGGCUCGUCACCAUCGUGCCGCACGAGUAACCUACCUCCCAGCUGCACUUUUCAGGUAACCAGCAUUCAGAACCAGUACGUAGCUAUAAAGGCCAGCUGGGUACUUCCCACCCUCAAAAACUGGUCUCCUCCUAGAAUAUUAACUGUCAUUGGUUUUUUAUUGAGAUCGGAUGUUUAAAGACAUUGACAAGCUUGCACACUGCCGUUAGGAAGGAAAGGAAACCCUAAUUAGACCAGUGUACAUAAUACCAACUAUUUGAGAAAUAAUAACAGACCUAAAGCUAUUUAUUAGCUUUCCAUUAAUUAUAAUUUAUUAUUUCGUAUAACCCGCCGAUGAAAAUGUACUAGUCCAUUAAUAUUACGUCCUCACUGCAAGAGACCUAUUAAACUCGGACGGGUUAUGCGAAAUGGAUUCUAGUAUGAUUCGAGUAUAUUUUCUUGAGAUUUGAACCGUCGUACAUACGAGAAUGUGUGUAGAUACAUGAAGAAAUAAAAAAGGUGAGGAAUUAUUAUAUGAUAUCUGCCAUUGAUUAAGUCACUUCCAGUUUCCGUCAGAUAAUGUUUAGUUAUGUUGCAACCAAGAAGCUUCUAACCAAAUGGAAGAUAAAUUCUUAAAUUACAAUUGUACCUUGCAUUUUUAUUGUAUUAUGUUAAGAGAAAACCAGUAGCUGCAGCGCUGUGCAGCUGUUCACAUUGCGCUGGGACGCUUACUGCUUCAGCUGAGCCCGUUCCUUUUGCCUAAUAUGAGACACUUCUUGUUCUUAUUUUCUGUUAUAAUUAUGUUUUUCUGCCAAUAAAUGGCAUCUAUUCUAUUAUAUUUAAGUAUUAAAUAUAUAUCCUUAAAAGAAAUCACUUCUAAAUGUAAACGAGACGAAUAAACCGCCAUUGUUUACCAUAUGUUUCUAUCAAUUGACGAUUAGGGCGUAAAUAAGACACACUGUUCAAAAUUAACCUUUUUAUAUACUUUGACAAUUGUUUUUUUUUUUUUAUAAAAAGAAUUGAUAAAACAAUUGAAAUAAAAACAAAAAUACAUACAAUACUAUAAUUAGUGGUCCUUCGAGCCGGAGUCGCUGGUUCAUAUCCGGUUCGAAGGACCACCAAUUUAUGUUUGUAAAAUAUGCUUGUUCUUGUUAUAUAAUAUAAUAAAUAAUAAAAUUAUAUAACAAGAACCAGCAUAAUUUACAAACAUACACUGUAAAAAAUAUAUCUCUUUUUGGAUAUAGCCUUCUUGGUGGCAACAUAUUAUUCUUCUACGAAUUCGAUUAAAUAAUUUAAAAAUUAUACGACUAGUAAUUCGAUUCGAUAUUUAUGAAAGGAAAUUAUUAAAAUGUAGCGAAAUUUAUUGAUUAACAGAAUGUAAACAGUCCAUAAGUAUAGAAAUAAUAAUAAGAACGUUAAAAUGAAUCGUUUCUUAAA